AUCACAUCGCGUAACCUCGAAACCCGCACCACCACCAAUUGCCCACCAUGUCCUCCUCGGAAUCCAAACCCGUGGACCGCGAAGCGACCGCCGACGCGACCCGAGAGGUAGCUGAAGAGACAUCAAAACCUGAAGGCGCUGAGCAAGAGGAGUCGUCCAGCGACGAAGCGACACCUGGCGUGGCGGACGCAACGACGACGGCAGGCGAAGCAAAGAAAAAGAAGAAGAAGAGCAAGAAGCGAAAGCUGAAGGAUGCACUGGCGGGCAAGAGCAACACCCAAGCCGAGGGCAGCUCCGCGCAAGAGGGCAAGAAGACACUGAGCAGGGAUCAGCUGGAGACCUUGAUGGCCGUAAACCCAGCACUCAAAGGAGACUUCUCCAAGCUGAACGAGAGUCAGGUGGAGGAGAUGAUGAAGAAGUUGAGCGUGUCGGACAUAUUGACGGGGUUGACGGUUGGCUCCAAGAAUCAAAAGGACAUGGCUAGCUAUAAAUUCUGGCAAACGCAGCCCGUUCCUAGCUUCGAGGAUAAGAGCCCCCAGGAGGACGGGCCCAUCAAGGUCAUAGAUAUCGAAAGGGUCAGCAAGCAGCCUCCUCCGAUGGUCGAGGGCUUCGAAUGGGUCACCAUGAACCUGGAAGAUGAAAAGGAGCUUGCUGAGGUCUACGAUUUGCUGUCGAACCACUACGUUGAGGAUGACGAAGCCAUGUUCCGCUUCAACUACUCCAGCUCCUUCCUGAACUGGGCUCUGAAGGCGCCUGGUUGGCGCAAGGAGUGGCAUGUUGGAGUUCGCACCACGCAAUCCCGCAAGUUGGUUGCCUUUAUCUCAGGCAUUCCGGUCACCCUGCGUGUGCGGAACCAGAAGAUAAACACCUCCGAGAUUAACUUCCUUUGCAUUCACAAGAAGUUGCGCUCGAAGCGUCUUGCGCCCACUCUCAUCAAGGAAAUCACGCGCCGUUGUUACCUCGAGGGAACCUUCCAGGCCAUCUACACUGCCGGUGUCAUUCUUCCCACGCCUAUCUCUACAUGCCGUUACUUCCACCGCAGCCUUGACUGGGAGAAGCUUUACGAUGUUGGCUUCUCUCCGCUCCCGCAUGGAUCCACCAAGCAAAGGCAGAUCCUGAAGUACAAGCUGCCCACAACCACCGCGACACACGGCCUCCGUCCCAUGCAGAAGAAGGAUGUUGCGCAGGUCCAGGACCUACUUGUGCGCUAUCUGGCACGUACGGACAUGUCACAAGAAUUCAGCCAGGAGGAAGUUGAGCACUGGUUGUUGCACACGGACGACUCGCCAAACGAUCAGGUUGUGUGGUCGUACGUCGUAGAGGACCCCGCGAGCAACAAGGUCACCGACUUUUUCUCGUUUUACAGCCUCGAAUCAACAGUCAUCCGGGAUCGCGCCAACCGCGUCGUGAAAGCUGCUUACCUCUACUACUACGCUACAGAGACGGCCUUUGAAGGGGAGGACAAGAAACUCAAGGCCAGACUGAAUGCGCUGAUGAAGGAUGCUUUAAUUCUUGCAAAGAAGGCCAACUUCGACGUCCUGAACGCACUCACGCUUCUGGACAAUCCGCUAUUCUUGGAGGAGCAAAAGUUCGGUGCUGGAGACGGGCAGCUUCACUACUAUCUGUACAACUACCGCACCGCCCCCGUCGCCGGGGGAAUCGACGGGAAAAACCAGGCGUCCGACAAGCACAUGGGUGGAGUGGGCGUAGUCAUGCUCUGAGUGUGCCAAGUUUGGCUUUCGUUAUAACAAGCCAACAGACUACAUCAAACACAUACAAUAGUGUAUCAUUAGACAUAUACGCGUCGAAAAUCCCAAUUCACACUUGCGCU